CACAGUUUCACUGCAUGGAGGUCCUGAAUUGUGUAGAAAUAAUGAGCUAGUAAAAAUUGACAUACCCUAAUUAAUAAUGAUAUUCAUAUGGAGACGUAUAAAUAUAGUAUAUAAUUAAUAUGGUUGACAAGCAAAGCCAACGAAUGAGAUGAAGAAGCCGGUAGAGAGUGAAAGAAAGGCUCAAUUCAACAACUACGCUACCCGCUCCUUUCAUUCUCCUAAAAGGUGCUACACACCAACUCCACCAUCAAAAGUAAAAGCAACGAAACUCUCUUAUUAAUUAUAAUGAAAAACUCACACGCUUUGAUUCCUUCAUUUCCAUUAGAGUUAGUGGGGACCCGUUGGGAAGCAAAGAAGAAAACACAGACAAGAAAGGAGCGUAUGAAGACAAAGAGCAAAAUAAAGUGAGACCCAAAAGAGAGAGAGAGAGAGAGAAAUAAAUAAAGGGUUUCCAUUUUCUUUAGAAAGUUAAACAACCUUCAAUGGCUCCUCCUCAUUUCUUAUCUGUAUAAAGAAACCUUCACUGAGAUCACCACCAACAACAAGCCAAAAAAAGAGAGGGAGAGAGAGACAUCUCUGUAUCUUUCCUUAGCAGAGAAUAAAGAAAGAGCAACGAAUCUCAUUACUUAACAUACAAUAUUAUUAGCAACAAUGCUGCUUAGAAGCUCCAUUUCCAACACCAAGAAGUUCUUCCAAAAAACCUUACAAAGCGUCAAGUCUUUGUUUUCCGCUGGUGGCUACCAAAAGAUUCCCAAAACCCCUUCUCAUCCCUUAGCUAAUUACACAGCCAGCUCAGACAAGAAUAAUGUCCAACCUAGUUACAAAGAGCUAGACAAAUUCUACUCCGACUUCACCGACCAAUGGGAGUUGGAUAAAGACAAGGCAAAGAAGGGAAGCAAGAAGAAAACUAUGCCAUUCCCAACUAAACAAGAAAAUGAGGUUUACAAUGGCAGCUUCAUGAAGUUUUCACAGGCGAGCUCGGUGAAGAAGAAUCAGAUAGAAAGGAAAGAAGAUCAGAAUUAUCAUAAUCAUGAUGAUGAUGAUGUGAAGAUGAAAAGCAUAGUACCCCACGAAAGGAAAAGACAAGAAGAUUCUUGUUUUAAAGGUACGAGAGAAGGAAGGAUUUGUUUGGUGGCACAAAAGCUAAGGGAGUUGGAGAUGCUGGAUAUGAGCAAUGUGGACCAUCUCUUGGACAUAGAGGAGGUUCUUCAUUACUAUUCUCGCCUCACUUGCCCGGCCUACCUUGACAUUGUUGACAGGUUUUUCAUGGACAUUUAUGCUGAAUUCUUCAAUGCUGCCCCAGCAUUAACGCCAGCAAGCACCAUCAAUUCCAGGCUGAGGCCACGAUCACUAAGGUCAUAGACUUCUCUCUUUUGGAGAAAUUUGGAUAGUUAGUGAAGGAAAAGGCAGAGAGGCCUUAAUGCCAUUCUUUCUUUUGCUUGUGAACCCAUUUUUUAUUUUAUUUUUGCAGUCUGUCUUCUUGAUCUUUUCGCUUUGUUUCGUAGAUUUGUUCCCGUUGUUUAUAAUUAAUUGGGAGUUUCUAAAUAA